AAUUCCCAGGGCCGAAAUAUGAGCAACCCACUCCGCCUGCCAAAACAGCGGCGUUAAGACUGAUAGUGCUUUUCUGCCCGGGAAUCUCCAGUCUGGCUUCCUUCUUGAGUCCGUAAUAGGCGACUCUGCCUUCCCGGAGCUCCAAACAUCGGUCAGAAGGGGAACCAGUCCCGUUUACUCUUCACCAAGAGCUGCUGCACCGAGGUGCCAGCAAAACUGCUGCGCUGGCCACAGAGUCGUGCUGGCAACCGUGGGGCUCCUCCACUGGGAAUCUUCUGCUCUGUGAGUGACAAAAAUUUGUCUGAAAGUGUGGCAUCCUCUCGUUCUCUGCGCUUUUACUGGGAGCUGCAAUCCUGAGAUGUUAGCCAUCAGCCAUCUUGGAUCGUUCCUGUUUGCCUUUUUCUAAUGGACUAAAGCUCUAUUAUGCUUCUUCACAAAAUAAUUGAUGGCAUUUGUGGUCGAGCUUAUCCUUUGUACCAAGAUUAUCACACUGUUUGGGAAUCAGAAGAAUGGAUCCACGUUUUAGAAGAUGUUACCAAAUUUUUCAAAGCUAUAGUUGGUAAAAACUUAUCCGAUGAAGAGAUACUUCAGCAAUUGAAUCAGUUGAAUUCAUCUCAUCAAGAAACUAUCAUGAAAUGCGUGAAAAGUAGGAAAGAUGAAAUCAAACAGGCUCUGUUAAGAGAAAUAGUUGCUAUUUCCUCUGCACAGCUACAGGAUUUUGAUUGGCAGGUAAAGCUUGCACUUUCCAGUGACAAGAUUGCUGCAUUACAAAUGCCACUUUUAAGCCUGCAUCUAGAUGUAAAAGAAAAUGGUGAAGUAAAACCAUAUUCUAUUGAAAUGAGUAGAGAGGAACUGCAGAAUCUAAUACAUUCCUUGGAAGCAGCAUAUAAGGUGGUCCUGCAGUUGAAAUAACUGGAAAUGAUGAAUACCAGUGCUAUCAGAUUUUAUUGCUCCAACUUAUGUGGCAGAGUGAAAACUGCAUGUUCAGAAACGCUGCGAUGUCUUGACUGUUACACCAGGCUGAGAAAGCGGCAAUGUUGAUAUUAUAAAGAUAAAACUUUACCAACAUUCCUUAACAGGAAAUUACAUGGUUGAGAGGAAAUGCAUAAAAUGAAAGAUGAAAAAUCCAUAGUAGCAGUUUAUAUUUUUUUUAUUGUUUUGCUUCAUUUAUUAAAUAUUUGAGAAAUCUUUGGAGAUACACAGUUUUAUUGAAAGCUAAAAAUAAGUUCUAAUGUAAUGUAAACAUAUAAAGCACAAAUAUACUUGAAUAUUGCUUAAAGAGUUAUGUGAAUAGCAACAUAUAUUAUGGAUAUAUAAUUACUUUGUGAUAUUUUUAAAAAAUAACUUUUUCAAAAAAUGUAUUAGCUGCAUAUAUAACUCAGGAGAUUCCAUAUCUUUCUCAUAUUUCAGAAGAAAGAUUAUAAAAUGUAAAAUUUCUUAGAGAAUAUCUCUUUGUCGGAAACGAACGAAUACUCUAAACUUAUGUGAACAAUUUUCAGUUUAUGAAUUCUAGAAACUAAAAUCUCUAGAAUACAGAAAAAUGAAAGUAACAUUGUUACUUCUGCAUUUCUAUGUUUGGGAAACAUUGCUCUGAUAAAAAAUAGAUGUCAUUGUGCAGUGUGUAUAUUAUUCAAAUAUCAGAUAAGUUUAUGUACAGGUCUACUUUUGUUAAUAGACUCGAUAUUGAAUACUUUUGGAUGUUAACCGAUUCAUUGGAAAAACAAACCGUUUGUAACCUCAGUUAACUUUAAAAACAAGUAUUCUGAGCAAAUGAAAA